CAGAUAGCUGGUUCUGAGCUCCUGACCCAACUGAAGGUGCAACAUCUAAAGCAUCUGUCGCAGAGUGGCCAGGAUGGCGCUACACCAACUUGAGGAGCAGUGUUAUAGAUGCAAUCAGCGGCUUUUAUUCGCGCCUUGCGGUGAUAACCCACGUGCGGGACUAUCACGCGUAGUUCAGUCACCCUACACAAGUCAAGGCAUACGUCAACGCUCCCAGACACCACGGCCGUCCACGCACGCAGCAACCGCAGCUCCCAGUCCUCCACUGCGAGAUCCGUAACCCAGCCCCAGCAGCCCCCACAACCACCACCACCACCGCCGCAGAGGCAGGAGCAGGAGCAGCAGCCCCCUGCCACCGCCACCACCUCCGCUCCCCCACUACCACCACCGCAACCUGCUUCUCCCCCACAUCCCCCCGCCCCCGCCCCCGCGCCGCCCCUUGCGGGCACGGGUCUCAAGGCAGUGUGGUACGCCGCGGAGCAGUUCGGCAACCUGGCCAGCCUGCUGCGACACAGACCCCAGGCAGGGGGGGACUCGCCUGCUGCGGUAGCCCGUGCAGGGGCGCCAGGGCAGCAGGGGGAAGGGCAGCAGCAGCAGCAGCAGCAGCGGGAAGGGCAGCAGCAGCCCCAGCAGCCCCACCAGCAGCCCCACAGGCCGCUGACCCGGUCUCAGCUGCUGUCCUGCAUCCGCUCCGACUACCAGCAGCAGUACUUUGUGCGGGGGCAGGCGGACAUGGCCGCGUACGACCCGGACUGCCUGUUCUCAGACCCCUUCGUCAGCUUCCGAGGCACGGAGCGCUUCAAACGCAAUGUGGCCAACCUGGGAGCCCCGCUGUCUGACAUCCGUAUAGACAUCGUGGACUGGGAGGAGGGCCCCGCCUGUCUGACUGCCCGCUGGCGCUUCUCCGCGCUGCUGCCGGGGCUGCCCUGGCGCCCGAGGCUGGCGGCGGCGGGCAGCACAACCCACGUGCUGGACCUGCAGCGGGGGCGCGUGGUGCGACAUGAGGAGAGGUGGGAUCUGGAGCCGGGUCGGGUGUUGGUGCGGCUGCUGCGGCCCUCCGCGCCGGUGCCCUCCAACCGCUGGGAGGCCCUCAUGAUGCCGCUGUCCCGCGGGGAUCUGCCCGCCUGCUGGGAGCAGCUCAGUCCGCUGCUGGCGGCCGCAGCGGCGGGGGUGCUGGGGCUGCAUGCGGCUGCUGCAUGGGGGGCGAUGUGGGUCAGGCUGGG